UAAAAUUACAGGUCCUAUAGUCCUCUAUCAAUGAGUGGUUUUUGAUUUUGAACAUAUAGGGUUUUCAGAAUUCUCUUUAGCGAGACGAGAGUGAAACGCCAUGGCAAGGAUCAAAGUGCACGAACUGAGGCAGAAAUCAAAGACUGAGCUAUUGGCUCAGUUGAAGGAUUUGAAAGCAGAACUCGCUCUCCUCCGUGUCGCUAAAGUCACCGGCGGUGCUCCCAACAAGCUCUCUAAAAUAAAGAUGGUGAGGCUGUCUAUAGCACAGGUUUUGACUGUGAUAUCACAGAAGCAGAAAACCGCACUAAGGGAAGCAUACAAGAACAAGAAGUACUUGCCGCUGGACCUUCGUCCCAAGAAGACCAGAGCCAUCCGUAGACGUCUUACAAAGCACCAGGCAUCUUUGAAGACAGAAAGGGAGAAGAAGAAAGAGAUGUACUUUCCGUUGAGAAAGUAUGCCAUUAAGGUCUAAGUAUCCAAAUCCAACUUAGAUAGUCAUUGUGAUGUUAGAACUGGCAGAGCAAAGCCGUGUAACAUUGUUCCUCACUGGGUGGAUAUAUUUUUUUUCAUUCCUGUUAUUGCAUUAUGAAGUGAAAUUUUUUGUUUGUUUCGUUUUUUCUAAUGUUUUCCUGGUCAGAGAAGGUUCAAUUUUUAGUAGUAACGUUCAAGCCUAGUUAUC